UACCAUUUUUUUUUUAUUUUUUUGCGUUCGAGCUCGAGUCUCUCGACUUCGACUGAACCCUCUCGACUUUCAGUGAACCCCCGCUCUGUGUACAAGGUAAUCGCUCGCUCCUCUCUCUCUGUAGAAGGUAAACCCUCGUCCCUCUCUCUUUGUACGAGGUACACCCUCGUCCAUCUCUCUCUGUACGAGGUGCACCCUCGUCCCUCUCUCUUUGUACGAGGUGCACCCUCGUCCAUCUCUCUCUCUGUACGAGGUAAACCCUCGUCCAUCGGAUGUUCGAUGGACCAGACGGUUCUGCCUGUUUUUUAUGAUGUAGAUCCAUCGGAUGUUCGAAAACAAAGUGGGAUUUUUGCAGAAGCAUUUGUUGAAUACGAACGCGAACAACGUUUCAACGCAGAGCUGAUGGGAAAACUACAGAGGUGGAGGCAAGCUCUUACAGACGCUGCCAAUUUGUCAGGAUGGGAUCUGCGAGAUGUUGCUAACGGGAAAUCUUUGCAUGAGGCAAAGUUCAUUCAAAGAAUUGUUGACAAAGUAUCUACUAAAUUGAAUAAAACGAUGCUGGAUGUUGCUAUCUACCCAGUUGGAAUAGAUUUACGUGUAGAUCACAUAUAUUCAUUGUUAAGUGUUGGAUCUGAUGAUGUCCGCAUUAUAGAGAUCUGGGGCAUGGGUAGAAUAGGCAAGACAACCAUUGCCAAAGCUGUGUAUAACUUGAUCUUUCACAAUAUUGAAGGUAGUAGCUUUCUUGAAAAUGUCAGUGAAGUUUCACAACAACGUAAUGGUCUAGUUCAGUUACAAGGCCGACUUCUUUUAGAUAUCCUAAUGAGAAGUGGCUUUAAGAUUAGUAAUAUUGCUCGUGGAAUAAAUUUGACUAGAGAAAGACUUUGUUAUAGAAGGGUUCUUUUGAUUCUAGAUGAUGUGGAUGAAAUGGACCAAUUAAAAGCAUUAGCUAGAGAACACAAUUGGUUUGGUCCUGGAAGUAGAAUCAUCAUAACAACCAGAGAUGAUCAUUUAUUGGAUGUGUUUCAAGUGGAUAAGAAAUAUAAGGUUAAACAGUUAAAUCAUAAUGAAUCUCUUGAGCUCUUUAGUUGGCAUGCCUUUAAAUCAAAUCAUCCUAUAGAAGGUUAUGUAAAUCUCUCAAACCGUGUGCUGCAUUACAUUAGAGGACUUCUUUUAGCUCUUGAGAUUUUGGGUUAUUCUCUUCUUGACAGAAUAUCUGAAUGGGAAACCAUAUUAGAGAAACUUGAAAAUAUUCCACCUGAUCAAAACAACGAUAGUGUAACUAGAAUACUGGAUGGUUGUGGUUUCUUUCCAGAAAUUGGAAUAAGUGAUCUUGUUAGUAAGUCUCUUCUAAAAAUCAAUCUGAGAAAUGAGUUGAGGAUGCAUGAUCUAAUACGAGACAUGGGGAGGGAAAUUGUUCGAGAAGAAUCUCCAGAGGAGCCUGGGAAUCGCAGCAGAUUGUGGUGUCAUGUGGAUGCUCAUUAUGUAUUAACGAAACACAAGUUGAAGCUAGAAACACAUGUAUAUGCAUAG